AAGUAUAGCUUUGUAAACAAUACAUAUUUCAGAAGUAUAACUGCUAUUUUGAUUGAAGUAAAAAAUUUAUUUUAAUCAAAGAGACGCACAUGUUUCUUCUCUUUACUGAACUUGUAUGCUUUUUCCCUAAUGCAUAUUAAUUACAUAUAAGACCUAUUUAUAUUUCUGUUAAAUAUGAUAUAGUUGCAAAAUGAAAAAGAAAAGAUGCAAAGAGAAAUUGUAUUGUAAAGAAUAAGGUUGACACGAGAAUUCUUGCUGUUUAAAUUGCGCGGGUUUAAUUAGUAACUAAAAAAGGCGCAUCUUAGAUUGGCAGCACGAAUCAUGUUGAUAGUUGGUAGUAAAACAAGUUACUAGCAUCAGUAAAAAUAAUCUCCAAAUUUGUCGAACGUUGAUGAGUGAUGUGGCUAUCAUGACAAUGCAAAGAUCCAUCACAAUGGUAAAAUGGGGUUCCGUGAAUGGUCAGGAGAUUGAGAAGUACACCUUGACAAACUCCAAUAAUCAAGAAGUCGAUGUUGUGACGUAUGGUGCGACAAUAACUGCCAUCAGAACUCCGGAUAAAGAGGGUAACAUAGCAGAUGUCGUGCUCGGUCACGACAACGUUGAAGGAUAUCAGUCGUCGAGUAAUCCGUACUUCGGUGCCACCAUCGGACGUGUUGCAAAUCGCAUUGGCAAGGCAACUUUUGUCAUAGAUGGUCAGACUUAUCAUGUAUCGAAGAAUAUAGGUGAGAACAGCCUUCAUGGUGGUACUCAUGGUUGGAGCAUGAAGGUCUGGAAUGCCUCGAUCAAUCAUGAUCGUGUAAUUAUGACCUUGAUCAGCCCGGAUGAUGACGAGGGUUAUCCAGGAAGAGUAAUAGCACAAGUUACCUUCCAGCUAACAGAUGAUGGAGAGCUGCACAUACAUAUGACAGCUAAGUCAUCUGACAAAGCAACGCCGAUCAAUUUGACAAAUCAUAGCUACUUCAAUCUCGCUGGACAUACUACAAACGCAACGGAAUUAUAACACGUAUUCACCUUGAAUGCGGAUCGCUGGACUGUUACGGACUCGGAAAGCAUUCCAACUGGCGAAAUUCGAUCGGUUGAAAAUAGCGUGAUGGAUUUGAGAGAUGCGACCACGCUUGGCAAUGUUAUUGAUAAGGUGCCAGGCGGUGGUUACGAUUAUAAUUUCUGUUUGCCAGAACCGUACGAUUACAAGAGAAGUCUCGUCGCUAAAGUACUGCAUCCGGUCUCGGGACGCAGCUUAGAGGUGUACUCGAAUCAGCCGGGUGUUCAAUUUUAUACAGCUAAUUUUCUGCCGAGGAAUGAAACGGGUAUCCUUGGCAAGACCGGAGCGCGGUAUUUCAAACAUGGAGCUUUUUGUUUGGAGACGCAAAAUUAUCCCGACGCCGUAAAUCAUGCAAACUUUCCAAACAGUAUUCUGCGACCAUGUGCAACAUACAAUCACAUUGUUAUAUAUAAAUUUGGAGUGAAAGUUUGAUGCAUUUUGAUAUCUGUAAAUUAAAGAAAAAUUAAAACAAAUAUCACAUACUAAAAGACCUUGUGUACUCUUUGUUAUCCUAUUGUUAAUUAUAAAAUAAAAUUCUAUACCAAUUU